CACAAUCUGAUUUUUCUCUGACACGAUCGAGUUGAAUCGAUUCCAUUCGAUCUCAUAAGCGAUGAUGUACCUGAAGAAGCCCUUGUGGAGCCAAGGGAAACCCGAACCGGAUGCUAAGACGACGACGGCGGCGGAUCGCGGCGGCGCCGUGGAGGAGCUGGUGGAUUCGUUGCAGCAGCAGAGAGUGUACAGAGAAGUUACAUUGGCUCUUAGAACAGGACUCAGAGACGCGCGUGCUGAGUUCUCGUUCCUCCGUGUGCGUGGCCUCCGUAACAUCCUCAAGUUCCUCCGAUCUGUCGCUGAAUCUGAUUCCACCAUUGACCUCUUCAAUAGAACACAAUCCAUUCCCCAAUUGCAAGUGGUUCCGGUUUUGUUUGAGCAUUGUUUGAGAGAGACAGGGGAUUAUGAGAAUGAGAAUAGGGUGAGAGAUUUGAAUCAUAUAUUUGGUGUUGAGCCUCUGAAGCUGACGAGUCCAGCUACUGAUGCUGAAGUUGCACUUGCACUGAGGGUAUUGGAAGGUUGUUGCUUGCUUCAUCCGCAGAGUACAGCGCUUGCACAUCAACACAAUGCUAUUCCGGUUUUAAUGAAUAUAUUAUCCACUCGCGGAGUACUUGAGCAAGGUGCAUGCUUAGAUGCUCUAAUCUCAUUGAUGGUGGAUUCAUCAUCUAAUCAAAUGGAUUUUGAGAAAUGUAGUGGUAUUAUGGAAGUUGCUGACCUUAUCAGGGACAAACAAGUGGAUGAGAAUCUCAGGUUAAAAUGUGGAGAGUUUCUGUUGCUGCUCAUUGGACAUGUCAAUGGAAGAGAUGCUCCUCCUUUGGCAACUAUACAUGAAGAUACAAGGCAUCUACUUGGGGAGAAAUCAGCCUCCUUGAUAUGGGCAGCUAGUCAGUUUGGCUCGACGCUGGAUCCUGAGCAGAGGCUAACUGCUCUGCAAAUCCAAGCUCGUAGGGUCCUUGAAUCAUUGGAUUUGUACUGAAUGAUAGUGAUACCGGUAACUUAGGAAAGCUUUCAUCUUGUGAUUUGAAAUUAUUGGCCGACAAUGUAGUUUUUUUGCUUUCAAUUACUGUAUUUAUGCUGCUUUUUUUUUGUAAUUUUUAGCCACAUUUGUAGUUGUUUCAGCAUGUGGUUAAGAAUUUAAGAUGAUUAUGAUUUCUUCAGCAUUUAUCGAUGAAGAAAAAAUUGCAUCAGACCUGUAUUGUAUUUAUAUCUUCCGUACUUAUGAAUCCAGAACUAAAUUAAGUUA